GGACACCAGAAAGAAGGGCAUGGUCAGGAUGGUCUUCAAAUAGAAAGGAAAAAUCCCCGCGACACUACUAGCUCUGGAUUGAGGUGCAGCGACAAGGCCGAAACCCUCUGCGCCCCUGUCGUUCCGGACUCCACACCGAUUGCACCCCGGCGCGCAGAAAAGAUUGACGCUUCUCCCUCGCCUAAUGGCAAGCUCCACAUGGGCAACGACCCCCGGGAUCAUGAUUGUGGACCCAGCGACAAUCUCCCUGAUGUGUGUCCUGGAAUAAAUAAAGUGGCGAAUCUUUCAUCUCCGGAGCCUCUACUUUCCACCUCCGUGGCCAGCAUCCCCGUCUACGGGCGCCACAGCGCCCCUUUUCUCAACUCCCCAAGCGACCUGCCCGAGUAUUUCAACGACGAGGACUGCCGGACUUCGUACCAAGAAAACGAUUCGCUACUCUCCACGUUUGCCUUCAUUCAGCGCAAAAACAUCAACGUGACCGCCACCGCCCGCGUUGGCCCAGGCAUGGUCAUCUGCAUGGGCGAAGAGGUGGCUGACAGCCAUCGCGUGGACUUCAACAAGCCGACUUUAUUGCUCGAAGUUGUGAAGCGGAUCGGCAAGGGCGGAUCCGCGGAAGUGUUUGAGUGCGUGGAUUUGCGAACUUGUGUGGUAGACGGAGGCUCAACUACUACAGCCUCGGGCAGUCGGAGCAACUACAGCUGCAAUCGUGACGCGUCGCAAAGUGGUGGCAUUGGAAGCAGCGGCAACGGUCGCGACAGGGAGACGAAAGCUUCUCAGCUAUCCGCCACACGAUACGCAUUGAAGGUCGUCUACGCACGGGACGCGCGGCAAAUGCGUUCGUUUGCCAUGGAGG